GAAAAGCUAGACUCGGAGAUCUUCUCCAUUGCCGACUUGCAGGCAAAGGCAUCGGAGAAACUUCCAAGAGUAUUCAAAGAAUUCUUCAAUGAAGGCGCAAUGGAUCUCAUCACCGUGAAAGACAACGAAGAUGCCUUCAAUCGUUAUAAGAUUCGUCCACGCGUCCUUCGCGAUGUCUCUAACCUGGACACCUCCACAACGAUCUGCAAUACCAAAGUUUCUUUCCCUUUUGGAUUUUCUCCCGCGGCCUCCCACAAGAUCGCCCACCCGGAUGGUGAGGUCGGAACUUCCAAGGUUGCUGCUGAGGCGAAUAUAUGCAUGGCGUUGUCCUCACAUGCAACCUGCUCGUUAGAGGAUGUCAUAGCAGAAGGGGCAGGAAACCCAUACAUGAUACAAUUCAUUAUAUUGAAGGAUCGGAAUAUCACGAGGCAGCUACUUGAGCGCGCAGAAAAUUCUGGGUACAGGGCAGUCAUGUUAACAGUGGAUGCGCCAAUGCUCGGACGGCGUCUGAACGAGUACAGAAACUCUUUCGGAAUUCCAAAAGGCAUGGGAUAUCCCAAUCUUGCCCCUGGCUCUGACAUGAGUAACUUGACCGAGCCGGGCGAGGGGCUAGCAUAUGCCGAGGCCAUUGCGUGGAUAAGAAGUGUAACUAAGCUCGACAUUUGGGUAAAAGGAAUCUAUACUGCUGAAGAUGUCGCGCUAGCCAUCCAGCAUGGAGUCAACGGUGUUUUGAUUUCCAACCACGGCGGUAGACAAUUGGACGGCGUACCAGCCACUCUUGAUGCACUACGCGAAUGUGCGCCUGUCGCAAAGGGCAAAAUAGCUAUCGCCAUUGACGGGGGUAUCCGCCGAGGAACGGAUAUUUUCAAAGCUCUGGCCCUAGGAGCGGACUAUUGCUUUGCGGGGAGGAUUCCUAUCUGGGGAUUAGCGUACAAUGGAACGAAUGGCGUGGAGCUUGCUGUCAAGCUAUUGCAAGAAGAAUUCAAACUGGCCAUGUGCGUUGCUGGAUGCAAAACUGUCAAAAAUAUCAACAAGGGUCAUCUGUCUAUUCUUGAGACGAACGGUGUACUUUCGAAGCUCUAA